ACAGGGACUCGUGGCUCGGGGUGGAUUCGAAGUGAAUAUCGAGUGGGCCAACGGCUCUUUCCAACAAGCCAAUGUCUACUCCCGCCUCGGGCGCGACAUGAACAUCACCGUGUUCAAUCUCCCUACCGGCAAGAACACUUUCACGAUCAAGGAGCUUGGUCUCACCAGCCACAAUGGGUACAUUGCCACCACGUCUACCCAAGGCAAGGCAAGAACUACUCGAUAGUGCUGGCCUAGAUACGUUCAACAGAUUGCAUGCUACGUAGUCUGCUAGAAGUUGAUCGAGAUCUUUCUGCCGACAGGCCAGCUAAAUCCCGUGUUGACGAAGCCUCUCAGCUCGAACCACAUCGCGUCUUCUUCGUCAUCGUCAGCAUCGCUUCAUUCUCCAGCCAUGUACUCGUCGAGGCCGAGGACAGAUCCAGGGGCAUCGCUUCUCCAUCCAUCCGACUCUUCGGCAGCCUCGCUCCUCCAUCGGUCAAUAUCGCUACCAUACCCACUCCUCUCUCCACUAAAGUUGAUCAUCUCUUUGCCACCGUCCCUCCUCUCUUCGUCAACGUCUCCACUAAACCCACUUCUCCUUGCCUCGUAGGCACCACCGUCACCAUCUUCGCUCCUCUUACCAUCAUCUCCGCUCCUCUUGAUACCAUCUCCAUCCUUUCACCACCAUCUGCGCUCCUCUUACUGUUAUCUUCGCUCCGCUUACCACCAUCUUCACUCCUGUCCGUGUGAGUCGUCCCAAUGGUGUCGUGCGCCGUCACAAGGGGAGCAACGUCAUCGGACGCCCCGGCAUCACCGAUACAAGGCUUGGGAGCCGGCCACACUGGGGCACAUGUGGCUACGCAUGCGAGAUUUGUACACGGAGGCUGGCACACUGCCCGUCCUGCU